GGGCAGGCGCGCUGGCGCGGCCGGACCCUCCGCGGCCGCCGUAGCGACCACAGUAAACAGGAAGUAGGAGCUUCGUGGCGGAGGAUUCGUGAGGGACUCCCUCGCCUCCCGCCGUUAGAGCCCGCUCUCCAUCCUUCUCCAAGUCUUCCUCCCGGUCUACAGGAACUCUGCCACCUCAGAGUGCUGAACCAUGGCCGAAUACUCCUAUGAAAAGUCCACCAAACUCUUGCUCAAGAGUACCAAGGCCAAGAGUAAAAAGAAGAAGAGCAAGGAUAAGAAGAGGAAACGGGAAGAAGAUGAGGAAACCGAACUUGAUAUUGUGGGAAUCUGGUGGACUGUAUCCAACUUUGGGGAGAUUUCAGGAACCAUUGCUAUUGAAGUGGAUAAAGGAGCCUAUAUCCAUGCCCUGGACAAUGGACUUUUUACACUGGGAUCUCCACACAGAGAAGUGGAUGAGGGCCCCAGUCCUCCAGAGCAGUUCACUGCCGUCAAAUUGUCUGAUUCCAGAAUUGCCCUGAAAUCUGGCUAUGGAAAAUACCUUGGUAUAAAUUCAGAUGGACUUGUUGUUGGGCGUUCAGAUGCAAUUGGGCCGAGAGAACAAUGGGAACCAGUAUUUCAAGAUGGGAAAAUGGCUUUAUUGGCCUCAAAUAGCUGCUUUAUUAGAUGUAAUGAAGCAGGCGAUAUAGAAGCAAAGAAUAAAACAGCAGGAGAAGAGGAGAUGAUAAAGAUUAGAUCCUGUGCUGAAAGAGAAACCAAGAAGAAAGAUGACAUCCCAGAAGAAGACAAAGGGAAUGUGAAGCAGUGUGAAAUCAACUAUGUAAAGAAAUUCCAGAGCUUCCAAGACCACAAACUCAAAAUAAGCAAAGAAGAUGGUAAAGUUCUUAAAAAGGCUCGGAAAGAUGGAUUUUUGCAUGAGACACUUCUGGACAGGAGAGCCAAAUUGAAAGCUGACCGAUACUGCAAGUGACGGAGAUGUUUUUGUGUUGCUUUGGUUUUUUUUGUUGUUGGGGGGAGAUGUCUGUUUUUAUCCUGAAUAAAAAUACUCAGUACAACUCUGCUUUUACAGA